AUGGACAAAACUGGUUCUUUGGCAACCCCAAUCGAAUUUAGUAUCGAACUGCUUGCGCGUUUUGUGGACACUGAUAUCGUGGAGGUUGUCUUUUCCCCUAGAAGACCCACUGAGGAGAUCUACGAAGAUUCCGAGGCAAGCCUCGAUCGUUCAAACCAAGACGACCCUCAUGAGGAAACAAACGAAGUCAAGCUCCGCGAGAUACUACAGGAGCUUAUGAAUCUCACGAGAAGCGGGCUCGAACUGUUGAGGAAGAAUUGGAUUUAUAUUGCGAGGAGGGGUAAAGGCGAGAGGGAUCUAGGAGAACCUAAGCAGCGACUAUGCGACCUUUGGAUCAUGUUGUCGGACAUUUGGCAGUACUUCAAUAGAACGAUUAGGUUUACGCUCCUACAAAUUUUCGUACCGUUACAAGGUUGUUUAGAUUCAGACUUCCUUCUUCUCGCUGGUUAUACAUCACCGAACCAUGUCUUAGAAAGUAUGAUCUUGUUGGCCUUCAAGGAAGCUGUGGUAUUGCCGAUUCUUAAUAUGCGAAAGUCCGUCUACUUCAGCAUAGCCCGCUACUUCCUACUGUACGCAUCGGAUGACCUUUCCGACACUGUUUCACAAUUGCACUGUGUACUUCAGGAUCUUAAAGAAAUCCGUAAGCUGAAAGCUCAAAGAGGUCUCAGAGAACUAAAUGAAUCCAACGUUCAGCUUGAUGGUUUAUCGAUCAUGGAAAUUAAUGAGAUAAAACCAUUCGUUGUUACGGUGAUGAAUCAACUAAGACGUGUGCAUGAGGCUGCCAACAACACCGACCAGACGUCCUACAGUGACGACGAAAGGGAUCUCCAUACAUCUGUUCUAAAGCGUAUGAUUCAUGCUUUCAAAACCUUGCAAAAACUAGGAGUUUCUCCAUUAAUAAUACUAGAUGAUGCUGGAAAUAAUAUUGUGGACCACAAGCUCAGAAUGUCAUGUCUUGCUUCGAAAGCGUUAGAGGUGGCAAGUGCGAUGUCAAACGCUGGGUCCUCCAACUCGCUUCAUCUUGUUCCUUUAUCAUUCCCUUUUAACAAAAGUGCGAAUGAAUUGACUCUCUUCGAUGCCAAUUUGGUCAAUCUUCCGAUAUGCCAAGGGAAUAUUCCUAUACUAGUACCCAUUGCCUAUGAUGUAACAAGUGGCAAGAACUGCGUGAUUCCAGCUCAAGAUGCGAUAUUAGCGCUCAUAACUUCACUAAAGGCAGCAAAUGGAGUAGACAUCCAAAAGGUUGUCUUCAUUGAUCCAGUUGGCGGCAUUCCAUCGAUAGAGCGUGAUAAAACAAGUCAUGUCUUUGUAAACCUUUCGCAAGAGUAUUCUGACAUUAUCUCUGAAUUGCAUAUUGGAUUUCUUGACCCGAGCGUUAGAGACAAGCAUCUAGCGAACCUCUUCAAUAUGCGUCAGAUUCUACUUGCCAACGAGAGACAAGCAAAACAGAAUGAUACUACAGGCAUUAUACUUCGACCGGAAGACCUUACACAGCACACAGACAUGCUAAACCCAAUUGCAUACAAUAUUUUGACGGAUAGACCCUUGAUCUCUUCAUCGUUACCCUCAGGCCGUUCGAGAACUCCUCAGGUUUAUACAUCGAUUAUCAAAAAGGGCUUCGAUGUGAAGAUCUCCUUCACUCAUCAUUUGGGCUGGAAAGAAAAAUUCGAUGGGCUUGUGAGAGAGGGUUACAUCGACAAGGAUAGAUUUACUGAUAUGAUCAAUGACUCAUUUGGGAAACGUCUCAACUCGGAAGAUUACUUCGAGCGUAUAAAUAGUAACCUCGACUGCAUCAUCAUUAUUGGAGACUACGACGGAGGUGCUGUGAUUACCAAUGAAAUCUUGUCUGAUGGACGUACAGUGCCCUACCUUGAUAAAUUUGCCAUCACUCGGAAGAACCAGGGCCUUCCUAGCAUGGCAGACGUAAUUUUUAAGCUGAUGUUACAAGCUUAUCAAGAUGAGGUCAUUUGGAGGUCUCGAAGUCUUAACCCUGUCAACAAGUGGUAUUUCGAAAGAUGCAAUGGUUCUUUCAAUGGGUCUAACUCCGGAUGGAAAGUUUUCUAUGCUGGCGAGUCGUUCAAUCGAAGGAUAUCGAGAGACAUCAAACGAAGAUUGGCACAAUACUGGGAACUUAUUCAGAGAAUCCCGAAGUCGUUUAUAUGA